GAAGGUGAAUUGCUGGAGAAGAAUACCGACUGGAUCUACGAAUGGAGCUCGCGCCCUGACCAAGCCCCUCCAAAAGACUGGAAAUUCAAGCACCCCUUGGGAAUGACAAAACGGAAAACAUACAGUAUCCGCACCGCUAAAGUCGGUAAAAAUGGACUGUUCUCCAAAGAGGUUCUUUACACUCUUUUCCUCACCAACUUCCUUUCUUUGCUCAUUGGAACUGGUUUUGGAGUUUGGCUGACCAGGCGAGGAUUAAUGAUGCCCCGAGUUACAAUUGAGUGAAGUCAGUAGUGCAAUAUCAUAUACGAUAAAACUAUUAAGCAACGGAGAAAGAUUGGCAAUUUUACGCCGGAAAGACUGAUAAGAUGGAAGGCAACCAAGCCUAAACAUGCAAGAAUGACACAUGCACACAAAUGAAAACCCAGCUAUACGCAUUAUCCAAUAAUAUAACUAUUUCUAUUUUAAUCCUUAAUUAUACAGUGUUCUUCUUAAACAAUGUUUAUGAUUAAGUUAUAUAUAUAUAGCAAAUAUAUAUAUACAUAUGUACACGCAUAUGCGUAUAUGCCUAAGAAGGUAUGUUUAUAAAAAAAAAAAAAAAAUGUGGUAGCCUAGCUCCGGAGAGAAUAAGAACAUGUCCAUUUUAUACCGUUUCUAAUGCGUUUUUAUCUGCGAUAGUUUGUAGGUAUAGCUUGGAUAGUAUUUAUCUGAAACUUCCUGCUUAAUGAGUUAAGGUGAAGUGAGACCUUCUUCAAAUCAGUCGAUUCGAAUAAGAUACUUUUUUUAAAAGGGUAUUCCACCGAACUGGCUAAUGUUUGGCACAUGACUUGUGAGCACUUUAGUAAUAUCCUGACGCAUUCAAAAGUUUGAUUGUCAUACAAAAUUAUUUUAUGUAGCAUAGAGCAGGACCAAAAUGGCGAACAUCCAUGUAUCGAUCAAUAUACAAUAUUGAAGGCUCUAAUUUAAGAAACGAACGUAUCUAGACAAUUGUGCAACAAUUUAGAAUAAUUUAGUACUCGAGAAACUCCUAUUUGAACGUGAUAAAUUAAAAAAAAAAUGUGUCUUAUGAGCUACUAUAAAAAACGAAAGUAACACGAGAUUUCAGAGAGAAAAUUUAGGUGGCGCAGGGCGGCACUCUGUAGUCAAUUAGGGAUUCAAAAAUAAUGAAUCUAGGAAAUUUCUAGACUUUUGCUAUGAUUUCUUUAUAAUUAUUGCACGUAAACAACAGAUCAAAAAGAUCACGUUCGUUUUUAACGUAGAUAUUUAGAAGAAUCUUUUUUACCGACGUCGAUUAAAUUUCUCAAUGGGUUUCACUUCACCUUAAGAUAGCACGCUAAAAUUGGCGAAAUGAUGUAUAUUCUUUUAUUUAGGAAGAGUCAAAAUUAUGAUCCUGUUUAAAAUAACAUUCAGGUGAUCUUAAAAUGAUGUGAAUGACGCCGAUAAAUUUAAUCGACAGCAAUAAAAUAAAAUUCCUAUGUAUCCUUUUCGGUGGGAACUCCAUUUUGGAUCCUCUAGUAGUAACAAGCUGACGCGCCACGUUACCGAUAUUUACGUUUAUGUCAACAUUUAUUACACUGUAAAUUGAGAAUUAUGCAAAAUGCAGUACUCCAUAUGUCAUUUCAAUACAAAGAUUGUAGAGAGAUCAAAGUAAAGCUGAAGAAAUCCAUUGGAUUCACGAUUUUUGAUACUCUAAUGUACCACCGGCACCAUCGGUCAGGUUUAACUGGAACUAAAUAUUCGCUCUAAGAGCACGCGUUACCCACAGAACAUGCGAGCAUUCUUUUACAAUCAUUUAUUAUAAUAUCUUUUAUAUUUUCCCAUUUGACUUUGUCAAAUUCGAUUUUUAUAGUAUUGUAAAUUAGAACAGUCUUCAAAAAACAUAAAAGAGCGAAAGAAUGCGUGAAUGAUGCCAGGAUGGUUUUAGUCCAUGGUAAAUCAAAAAAUGUAUUGUUACAAAAUUAAAUUUCACGAAUUUGAGGGCCUCUAAUGCGCGUGGCAAAAUUUGAAACGAAUCGGUACACACAACUCAGAAAACUUCUCUGAAUGAUUUUACCCCUCAAACGCCGGUUUCAUAUCAGCUUAAUAUUCCUACUUCCACGAGUUGCUUACAUCAAAUGUUCAGUUAUCUUUCAUUACAUGUAGCAAUUAUGCAGUUCCUAUAUAUGUGGAACAUUUUUAUUAUUCUAUCACUUAGCGUGAGUAAUGGUAAAUACUUCCCUUUUGUUUGAUCAGUAAUAGUGCUGAUUGCGAGACUUCGUGAUAAAGGGUGUAAGCAUUUGUGUAUUUCUUGAAUACUUCAACAAUUACUGAAAAUCUUAAAGCGGCAAAUCGAUACCUAAUGUGCCAUGUUCCUGUAAUUCCGGCAUUCAAACACUGUUUCUACAAAAUUACUUUUAUUUUUUGCUCAAUCAAACACUCACGUACUUAGUUUAGAAACUUAUAUUUUUUAUAAGAGCAAUCAUCGGGUAAGAAACUAUUCUUGUUCACUUGUCACAAUUCACUUGAGGUUUUAAUAUGGUUUUAUUGUGCUAAUAUUAAUACAACUUUUAUGUCAGUCUAAAAAAUUGUAAUCGAUUUAAAACAAUUAUACUAUACAUAUAAAAGAAUAAUUGAAUAAAAAUUUAUUGGGAAGCAAUACAAUAGUCACUAUUCGUUCAUAAAACAAAUCAUCACAUUCGCAUUCUCUCUAACACGUACAAAAAAUAAUAUGUACUUUUCAGUUUAUAUUCACGAUUUAUGGUUUCUGAUAUUUCCGAAAUGGAAUAACUCCGUCACACUGUAUGCACUCAUGUGUAUAAAAUUAUCCUACAGAUGUAAUAUAUUUAAAUGUUUGUGUACAAAACGAUUGGCAGGAUUAAAUCAUUAAAAUUAAUUAUUUUGUUUAACAACAUAUUAUUUCAGCAAAAUCAGUUUUCAGUAACGAUUUCAAUUUCUUCACUUUUGCAUGAUAAUCUUUGUUUGAGUUAUUAAUGACAAUGCUUUAAAUGUAAAUGUAAAUAUCUAUACGAGUACCCAGGGACAUUUGGACUCCUUACGGACCUAAUUGACAUUUGAAGUAUUAUUGUUUUCCAUUCUUACAUUAAUAUAAAAUUAACCGGAAAACCAUUUCAUUGUUUCAUUUAUUCAUUCAAUUAGGUUGCUUUAUUUUUAAUUAUUUAAUGUUCUAUUUCAUUCAAUAUAAUUCGCUGGAGUGAUUUAUGUUCUGUUUAUAAUUGAAGUUAAGUUUCAUCCAUAAAAUUACAUAUUUAUUCUGCUUAACACGUUAAGCGUGGAACCGAUUUUGCUGAGCUUUCCGUUUAGGCGGCACAAUUUUUUACAUAUAGGAUUCUUGAUGCCGUGUCAGUCCCCAGGGACUGACACCGCGCUUAACGUGUUAAUUAAUUAUUCAUUUUUGUAUGGCAACAGUUUUCUCAAACAUUUUUAUAAUCUGUUCGAUAAUUUAAUUAUAUAUAUUGCAUAUUUCUCAAUUUUGCGUAAUGGAAUGGCAUUCAGGCAUUUUUGGAGGCAUAAAUUAUUAAUAUUUUUAGAUUUUCUUCUGCACAUACAUACAUAGAGUAAGAAAGUACUUGGAUAUUUGACUGUGGCUAUAGUCACACUUUCUUGUGUAUAAUAUGUCAAUUCCAAUAAAAUUUUGGCAUUCUUGUGUA